AUGGGAGGUGCCGUCAACUUCAGCUCUCCCCAGGGCGGCGUCCUGGGAGAGACCAAGAUCUUUUCCAAGGCCAACGCUCGCCCCGUCUUUUACUGCGCCAUCGCCGUCGUCGGCGCCGUCCUCUACGGUUAUGACGGCACCUACUUCACCGGCAUCCUCGAGAUGGACAGGUUCAAGCUCGACUAUGGACAGCAGAACGCCGAUGGCGUCUGGAUCAUCUCUUCGAGCGACCAGUCCCUCUACGCCUCAAUCAUCCAGGCCGGCGAGGUCAUCGGUGCCCUCAUCGCUGGUCCGCUCGGCGACUUUGCAGGGCGUCGCGGCGGCCUCGGCAUGGCUGGCAUCCUCCUGGUCAUCGGCAUCGUCCUCCAGCUCAUCGUUGCCGGCUCCAAGCCGCUGCUCACCGUUGGCCGCCUUGUCCUCGGCAGCGGUGUCGGUAUCAUCUCCAACGCCACUCCGCUCUAUCUCUCUGAGGUCGCGCCUACGGCCAUCCGCGGCCCCAUCGUAUCGUCGUGGCAGCUCAUGCUCGCCAUCGGCCAGGUCAUCGGCGCUGUCAUCCCUCAGGGCUCCAAGGACAUCGACUCGGCCUGGUCGUACCGCACGCCCAUCAUCUGCAACCUCUUCUUUGUCGCCAUCCUCGUCGGUGGUCUCUUCAUGCUGCCAGAGUCUCCCCGGUGGCUGAUCAGCAAGAACAAGGACGAGAAGGCCCUUGCAUCGCUCCACAAGAUCAACAGGGGCCAGGACGAGUCGGUGCGCGGCGACGUCAUUCAGUUCGAGUACGACAGCUUCCGACAGGCACGACAGGACGAGAUCGACCUCAACGGCGCCGGUGGCUGGGGCGCCCUCUUCCAGGGCGUCGAGCUGCGCAAGUUCAUCUGCGUCGUCGGCAUCCUCAUCUCGCAGCAGAUCGGCGGCGUCCAGUUCAUCUUUUCCUACUCGACCGUCUUCUUCGCCUCGGUCGGCCUCACCAACUCGUUCCUCAUGUCGAUCAUCGUCACCGUCAUCGAGGUCGUCGGCGUCCUCGUCUCGUUCCCGUUGGUGCAGAACUUUGGCCGCCGCCCACUCCUCCUGUGGACCUCGGUGCCUAUGUUCAUGUCGCUCUUCGUCGUCGCCGGCAUCGGCACCAAGGGCCUGCCCCCCUCCGGACAGACGCUCCCCUAUCCUGGGGUUAUCACCGUCGCCGAAGGCCGUACUAUCGCCGCGAUGAUCUGCGUAUACGUUUUCGCUUUCAACCUUGCUUGGGGCCCUUUGGCCUGGGUCUGCGCCUCUGAGCUCGGAACAGGCCGCAACAGGAGCAAGAUCAUGUCGAUCGGCACGACAUGCUUCUGGAUCACGGCCUGGGCGGUCACUUUCACCCUGCCGUACCUCUUCGACAACGCCGGGCUCGGUGCGCAAAUCGGCUGGAUCUACGGCUGCGGCACGCUCAUCGCCAUGGCGUUCGUCUUCUUCUUCAUCCCGGAGACGCGGGGCAGAAGCCUCGAGGAGAUCAGCGAGAUGCAGGAGAAGCGCGUCGCGACGCGGCAGUGGCGCACGUACGAGACGUCGCAGGAGCGACUGCGCUACGAGAGGUCCGCCGACCUUGCCGAGGACGGCACCGGCUCCGUCGGCUCGCCCGUCGACGACGCCGACAAGAAGAAGGGCACCGACGCCACGCCAACGAGGGUCGACAGCGUUACCGAUGCCGACUCGCAGGCAUAG